AUGAAUGCCAUUUCUGCUCUUGGCUUUUGCUAUGAGUUUGGGCUUGGGACCUGCACCAACUAUUCGUUGGCCGAGUCUGCCUAUGUUCUCGCUGCAGAAAAAGGAAACGUUCCGCUGGCUCAGUCGAGGAUGUCUUUUUUGCGAAAGUAUGGCCGACCAGGCCUUCCGAUUGAUAAAAAUGAAGCCGAGCACUGGGCCGAUACUUUGGCUGCCCAUGGCUCAGUAGGAGCUCUCUCCUGGCUAAACAGGGCUGCCCAAAAUGAUCUAGGGGCCGCUUUGUACUGUCUUGGCGUAUGUUAUCACGAUGGUCUUGGGUGUGCGAAGGAUGAAAUCAAGGCUUUCGCCCUUUACAAGCGAGCGGCCGAUCAAGGUCUUUCAAGAGCUUUUGGCAUUCUCGGAUAUUGCUUUGGCGAGGGAUUUGGGGUUGAAAAAGACUUUUCACAAUCAAUUUUUUAUUAUCAGAAGGCAGUUGAGGAUGUCUCUUCGCCAAUCGAUACCGUUGCCCUCUUCAAUUUAGGCUGCUGCUACGAAGAUGGCUCAAAGGGAGUUCCACAAGAUUUUGAAAAGGCAGUUUAUUACUACAAAUUAGCUGCAGAUGCCGGCAAUGCUUAUGCGCAAUCUGCUCUUGGUUACUUUUAUGAAUAUGGUAUUGGCGGCCUCCCCGUCAAUACCCAGCAAGCCGUUUCUCUUUAUCGUCUAGCUGCAGAGCAAGGAUACCCUUGGGCACAAUCUAACCUUGGGUACUGCUAUCAACAAGGAAUCGGUCUUCCCAAGGAUGCUAGUCUUGCCGUUUGGUGGUAUGCCAAAGCAGCUACUCAGGGACAUCCCCGGGCUUUGCACAAUCUCGGACAUUGUUAUCAAUCAGGUGAAGGAGUCCCGCGUGACCUAGAGAAGGCGUUCCUGCUAUUUGAGAAAUCUGCUGCACAGGGCCAUCUCUUUGCCUUCCAUUCGCUUGGGCAUUGCUACCAAAACGGAUUCGGCGUUCUUGUUAAUCCCAGCGAAGCAUACUCUUGGUAUCUCAAGGCCUCCGAGUGCGGUCACGGACCAGCCCAACUAUCUCUUGCUUACUGCUACAAGAAUGGUAUCGGGUGUGAAAAAAAUUUACAAAAAUGUUUGCAUUGGUUUGAGCGGGCUGCACAAAAUGGCGUUGCAUUGGCCCAAAACAUUAUGGGAAGUCUAUGUGAGCUAGGGCUUCACGAAACCUUUAUUCCAAAAGACGCCAGAGCUGCUGUGGAAUGGUAUCAAAAGGCCGCUGCCCAGGACCUUUCCUAUGCCAUCUGUAAUUUGGGAUAUUGCUAUGAAAGAGGAAACGGUAUUGAACAGUGUUAUCGCACGGCUUUUAAGCUAUACGAAUCUGCUGCGUUCAAAGGACACUCCCGUGCCAUGGAUCGCCUGGGCCUUUUUUACUUGGAGGGCAGAGGAACGGCCUCCGAUUCUGAACUGGCAACACUGUGGUUUAAACGCUCCGCCCAAGCCGGAUAUGCUCUUGGAAUGCUCCAUUAUGGUGAGGCUUUAGAAGAAGGCUCUGGCGUAAGCCAAUCCACUUCGGAGGCUCUUCAAUGGUAUCAACUUGCUGCGUCAAAGGGAAGAAAAGAAGCCCUUGAUAAAUUGAGGAUUUUAUUACUAAAGCUAUCAAGGGAAGAUUCGGGCGAUAUUAUUUUGUAUGGACAUAUUGCCUGUGCUGCUUAG